GGUCGAAAACCGCGUGCCGUGAAGCGUGACCUUUUCGCUACUCUUACUAUAUUAAGUACACAUACCAAACAGGUCUUAAGCAAUAAUGCAGUUAAAUCUCUCUUCUUUCUCUCUCAAGUCUCUUCGACCCAAAAGAAGAAGUACUACUGGUAGUAGUAGCAGCAAAGCCAGUACUGCUCAGCCUCACGAGAAGGUAGUCGCGAUGAGUUCUGAAAACCCUAGCCUCAAAUCCUCCGUUUAUCUGGAGAACAUGGAAGAGCUAGAGAAAGUCUUCAAGAGAUUCGACGCUAAUGGAGAUGGCAAGAUCUCUUCCACGGAGCUUGGCAAUGUUCUCAAUGCUAUUGGCCCCAAGACUUCGCUGGAAGAAAUCCAAAGGAUGAUGGCUGAGAUUGAUACUGAUGGAGAUGGCUUCAUCGACCUCCAAGAAUUUGCUAAUUUCCACCGCCGAGGUAAUAACGGAGAUGUGAGUACUGCUGGUGGGAUGAAGGAAUUGAGAGAUGCUUUUAAUAUGUACGAUCGGGAUCAGAAUGGGUUGAUAUCGGUGACGGAACUUCACUCGGUGAUGAAAAACUUGGGGGAGAAGUGUUCCCUACGCGACUGCGCCAAGAUGAUUAGCUCCGUCGAUGCCGAUGGUGAUGGAAAUGUUAACUUCGAGGAGUUCAAGAAGAUGAUGACUAACGGUAGAGCUUCUUCUCAUUAAACUUGAAUCGGUGAAUCCUGACUUUUGCAUAGCUGCUUCAACAAUGGAACGAGAAUAUGAAGCGACGCGAUAGAUACGUCUACUUUAGUUUGUUCUAACGUGAAUAUACAUCCGAUGGUAAGGUUUCUGUUUUCGUUAUUAACUUCUUUCUUCCACAAAUCAACUCAGAGGAAGAACUUUAGGUUUAGAAUUAGGGUUUCACUUUCUACUUACAAAUCUGCAAUUCCUAUGCUUACUUCUUUCUGUGAUUUGCUGUGAUUUCGUUUUAAUUGGUCAAACUUCUUCGUCGGAUACUGGAGGAAUAGAAGCACUUUUUCUUUUUC